UAUGAUUAGAGAAAACAUCUUUAAGCAAAAAUUUCAUAUUUGGCUGUAGGAUGACGAUAAAUUAGGGAAAUCAAAGGGAUGGAUACUAUAUGAGGUAGGAGAUAAUGAGGUGAUGAAUCUUUAUGAGUUUCUGGCAAGCGACGAAUAGACUGAUAGAAUAGAAAACGCCAUUUUAGCCGGCUGCAAUUUUCCUAUGUUUGGAGUCAAGUAGGGCAACUCUUGGAUGAUUAGAAUGGUCUCUUGGUAUUGGGGAUUAAACUUGGAUUACUUAGUUAAAAGAUGAUAUUGAGGUAACUUUAUUAAUUAGGGACUUUUUUUUACUUAUUCGAUCUAAAUAGGAACAAAGUGGAGUUUGCUUCCAAUAGGAGUAAAGGAAUAUGUAUUUGCUCUCUUUUUCAAACAUUGCUCGAAUGGAAAGAAGCCUUUGGCCAUUAAUGCAAAC